UUGAAUGGUUAAAUUUCAAUCUCUGCAUGGGAAAUUGAAGAAGGAAAGUGAAGGAUAAUGAGUACGAACGUUAUUGUGUACUUUCUAGUAUCUACUGUAAUACUAUCUUUUUCCUUUGUAGAAUCAAGAACACUGUCCCCUUUCGAAGAUCCUCCUUUUCGGCAACAACUCAAUCUCAGCCCCUCAACUGCACCUUCUUCUUCUCUGGUGCCGGCGUUGUUCGUCAUCGGAGACUCCUCCGUCGAUUGCGGAACCAACAAUUUUCUUGGAACCUUCGCACGUGCCGAUCAUCUUCCUUAUGGAAGAGAUUUCGACACCCAUCAACCCACCGGAAGAUUCUCCAACGGAAGGAUCCCUGUCGAUUUUCUUGCUCUGCGUCUGGGGCUUCCCUUUGUGCCAAGUUAUCUUGGACAGACAGGGGAAGUGGAUGAUAUGAUUCAUGGGGUAAAUUAUGCUUCUGCUGGCGCUGGCAUCAUUCUCUCUAGUGGCUCUGAAUUGGGUCAGCAUAUCUCCCUCACUCAGCAAAUUCAGCAAUUUACAGACACGCUUCAGCAGUUCAUUUUGAGCAUGGGUGAGGAUGCUGCAACCAAUCUCAUAUCGGAUUCUGUCUUUUAUAUUUCUAUUGGAAUCAACGACUACAUUCAUUACUAUUUGCUCAAUGUUUCCAACGUCGAUAAUUUGUACCUACCUUGGCAUUUCAACCACUUCUUGGCAUCUUCACUCUGGCAAGAGAUAAAGAACUUGUACAACUUAAAUGUUAGGAAAGUCGUGAUCACUGGACUUGCCCCAAUUGGCUGUGCCCCUCACUACCUGUGGCAGUACGGUAAUGAAAAUGGAGAAUGCAUUGACCGAAUAAAUGACAUGGCUGUUGAGUUUAACUUCCUCACGAGGUACAUGGUUGAAAAUCUUGCUGCGGAGCUUCCUGAGGCCGAUAUCAUCUUCUGUGACGUGUUUGAAGGUUCCAUGGAUAUUUUAAAGAAUCACGAACGUUAUGGCUUUAACGUCACAACUGAGGCCUGCUGUGGAAUGGGAAAAUACAAUGGCUGGAUCAUGUGCUUAUCACCGGAAAUGGCGUGCAAUAACUCCUCCAACCAUAUCUGGUGGGAUCAGUUUCAUCCAACUGAUGCAGUGAAUGCCAUUCUGGCAGAUAAUAUAUGGAAUGGCCAGCACACUAAAAUGUGCUACCCUAAGAACUUGGAGGACAUGGUUAUUAAGAUGGCAAGAUGAUUAGUUUACUCCUUUUAGCAGACAAGUUUUGAUGACUCUACGUAUAAGGAGGUAGUUUUUUGUACGUUACUGAAGAGAACUAAGCAUAUACAGUCGUACACACACACACCACAUAUAACGUAAAUGUACAAUGGAUGUCAAAUAUUAACACUGACAAAAACUUGGUCAUUCAUAAAAAAACUAUUCGACUGUUCGAACAAAUAAUGGCCUUAAGAGCCACUGAAAAAAAGAGUUAAGCAUCUAACUGCAUAAUUGCAACCUAUGGAAGUGAAGCUAGGAUCUGGAAUCACUUCUUUUGUAUGCUGCAGUGCAGUAACAA